CCUCCCCCAGCCCUAGGCCCCCCCACCACCACCCCCAGACCCUUAUGGGCACCUGUUUUAGUUCGGAUCACACCCAAACCUUUGCUGAGGCUUACAUGCCUCCCCCUCCACGGAGCCUGUCAGGUUAUGGCUUCUCUGUGACUGUGGGGGCCAGGCCUGGGGAGGGGCCUCCAGCCUGGGCCCCUGAGACUGGGGAGGGCCCAGGGGGGCCUGCACCCUGUGGGGUGAGCUGCCCGGACUCUCACCUGCGGCCCCAGCUCCUGGCAGCCGCCGAUCUGGUCUCUGUGCCGAUAUGUAGACGGCCUCCUCCACCAUGUCAUGCAAACAGAGUCGUACAUGAAAAUGUCCAGUGUGGCUACAGGCCUGCCUUUCAGAACUCCUGGCUACCAUUUCGCGAACUGCUAGAAGUGCGGCUCGGCGAGUUCCCGUGGCAAGUGAGUAUCCAGACGGCCCAGAGACACCUCUGCGGAGGCUCCAUCAUACACCGGUGGUGGGUCCUGACGGCCGCGCACUGCUUCCCGCGAACCCUAUUAGAGAUGGCAGCAGGAAACGUCACCGUGGUCAUGGGGGCUAACAAGUUCAGCGACUUCCACCUGGAGCGGAAGCAGGUGCAGAGGAUCGUCAUCCACAAGGAUUACCAACCGCCCCACCUCGACAGCGACCUCGCCCUGCUGCUGCUCGCCACGCCAGUGGAGUUCUCCGACUUCAAAAGGCCCAUCUGCCUGCAGGAGGAGGAGCGGGCCUGGGACCGGUGCUGGAUGGCAGAGUGGGUGAAGGGCAGUGGGCACGGGCGACAUGGUGGCUUCAACAUGCACCUGGAGAAGCUGAGAGUAGUGCUGAUUAGCCGGAAGAAAUGCAUCAAGCGGGUGAACGAGCUCUCCAGGAACAUGCUCUGUGCCUGGCAGGAACCAGGCACGAAUGGCAACUGCGAGGGGGACAGCGGGGCGCCCAUGGUCUGUGCUACCUACGGAACCCAGAGACUCUUCCAAGUGGGCGUCUUCAGCUGGGGCAUCGGAUCUGGCUCCAGGGGGAGGCCCGGUAUGUUCGUGUCUGUGGCCCAAUUUAUCCCAUGGAUCCAAGAGGAGACGCAAAAGCAGGGGAAGGCCUUCACCAUCUCGGGAGCCCUGAGGAGCUCUGGGGUCUGUGGCCCACGGUACCCCUUGUCGCUGGUCUUGGGGUCGCAGAUGCUGCUUACCGCCAUGUCUGCUGGUGACAGAUCACAUCGCUAAGCUUUGGAUCCACCCCUUUUUCUCCUCUUUCUUCCCUCCCGUCCUUCCACAAGCAUCAUCUAUGGAUCUUCUGCUAUGGGGUAGCCCCCAUCCCAGACCCCAGAAGUUACAUGUGGACUCAGUGCUCCCAAAUCUCAUGGUCUAAAGAAGGUAUAUCAAAAACAGGUGCAAGCAGCUCAUGGGGAAUCCCAGAGGAAGAGGCAACAACACCCUGCCAGGGGCAGGCUUCAGGAAAGUGCUGGAAAAUCAGCGUUGGGAAAUCACGUUUCUGGGCCUCGGUUUCCCUGUCUAUGAAAAACGAGAUUCCAUCAGAUGAACUCGAAAGGUCUUUCCUCAAGCCAACAUUCUGUCAUGCUUAACACCGUAUUUCUUACAACCCA